AUGACGAAGGCGAUCGGCUACCCGCGCAUACUCUCACUCGAGAACUUCCGGACGCCAAACUUCCGCCUCGUCGCUGAACUACUGGAAUGGAUCGUAAAGCGCAGAUUCGACCCGAGUGCAACGCUUAGUGCCGAGCAUACAACUACCGAACAAGAGCGAGUACUGUUCAUCAAGCAAGCCGUGCUGCUUCUUCUACAGAACUCCCGGCUCAGACUGAACCCACGACGGCUCUAUCAGGUGGGUUUGAACAGUGAGCUUGAGAUAACACACUAG